UGUAAAAGUGAGGUAACAGGAUGACAGAGCAUUAGCUAUGAAGCUGCAGCCUUUCAUUAAUAAUGGGGCUGUUCUUCUCCCCAUAAUCUCUGAGUGUCUUCAGACAUGAAAAGCAAGUUGAAUGCCGCAGGAGAGUAAAGCUCCAGCAGUCUGUGGUCUUGUUAUCAUCAACUCUGGGCUCCUCAGUCUCUGUUAAACUUGAAGCUUCACGACGAUGGCAUCAAUAAACAAGGUGGCCGAGGAGGAGCAGGGCCGCCUGAGAUCGCUUUUCCACACCUACGACGUGGACAACUCAGGACGGAUAGAAAAAAAUGAAUUUUCUGCUAUCUGCCAAGAGCUCCAGGUUCCUACUGAAGAAGCAGAGAGCAUAUUCAGCCGCCUGGACGCUGACGGUGAUGGCACGGUUACCUUAGAGGAGUUCCUCAGUGGAUUCACAGACCAACAUGACAAGGAACAAAUAGAAGAAGAAGAAGACAUGAACUUACCUGUGGAAGAAUUUUCAAUCAACAAAGAGCAAGUCAUGAUCAGCCAGCCGCAGUCUUCCGUCAAGGGUAUGAGCGCGGAGGAGAGGGACCGGCUGUGCGCCCUCUUUCGCGCGUACGACGUCGACAACUCCGGACGCAUCGAGAGGAACGAGUUCCUCACGAUCUGCGCCGAGCUGCAGGUGUCGGCGGUGGAGGCGGACAGGAUCUUCCAGCGGCUGGACGUGGACCAGGACGGAACCGUCACGCUGCAGGAGUUCAUCCACGGCUUCCACGACCGCUACGGAGAGGACAUGGAGUCCGACGGGGGACAAGUGUCCAUCGCCUGGGAGACCUUCGAGAAGAGACUGGGCGAGCAGGCGAAGUUCAUCCCGAGGCAUGAACAGGCAGCAACGUUGUACCAGAACAUCAGCCUGACUGAGCCCAGACUGAUUCCUCAAUUUGAGAAAGUCAUCGUUAACUUCACCAAGGAGAUCAAGCAGCAGAACUCAGAGAUGGAGAACCUGGCUCUCGCCAUCAAGAGAGCACAGGACCAAGCGUCGAUGCAGCUCAGUGAGAUGGAGGAGGAGAUGGACCAGCGAAUUCAGGCUACGGAGAGAAAAACUCGUGAGCAGGAAAAGAAGCGAACAGAGGCUGCACUCAAUGAGCUGCGGAGGAGUUACGACACUGAAGUUUGUGAGCUCCAGUGUAAAAUCCAGAGGAUGCAGAUGAUAGAGCAGAAGUACAAGAACAUCACAGUGAAAGACGAGAGCCCAGCUUUAAAGAAGAAGAUCAAUGAGUUAACACUGGAAAACCAAAAAUUAAAACAAGAGCUUCUGAAGUCUCAGACCAAAGUUGCCUGUAUGCAGAGUGAGAUGGAUGGGUUAAAGACAGAGUUAAGUGAUCAAAGCAUGAACUCAGAACGAGAUGAGGAGCUCAUGAAACACUUUGCCGAUGAGCGAGACAUCCUGGAGAGCCAGAUUGAGAUUCUGCAGACAGCCAACAGGAAGCUCCAUGACACUAACGACAGUCUGAGGUCGACUCUGGAGAAAAUCACAAGGUCUGGUAACGGUGGAUCCCCAGGAGACAUCAAGAACAGAAACAGGAGUAAAAGCAUCUGCUACCCAUCACCACAUGCAUUAUUAGACAGGCUCGGCCAGCGUUUGGAUGAUUUCCCUCUGUACCCACGUCGGCCAAGCUGCGACACUCUGGCCCUGGCCAUCUGUGACCCUGGGCUGAGGCGAAGACACAGCAGCGAGUGCGAGGAGGACAGCCUGGCUGAGAUCUACGUGGACAGCGGCAUGUCCACGCUUAGAGGCUCGCAUGGCGGCUACGACUGGGAGCCGGAGGUCCAGGGUCCAGACGGUGAAGAGGAAGGAAGGAAGGACAGCAUACUGGGUGAAAACUCUGACACAGAGCCAGCAGAGCCUCAGGACGGAGAGUCGGCGAUCGGGUCGGACUGCAGCUCAGUUUUGGAUUGGAAGCCCACCGACUCGCUUGGUGCCUCUACGCCUCCCGUCCCGACUCCAAAGAAAACUAUCAGCGCCAUCAGCGUUCAGAAUGACGACAAAGAAAACGCUGACCUCGGCUACAUGACGUCAGAGAAGGCCUACAGGAUUGUCUUAGCCGGAGACGUGGCUGUGGGAAAAUCCAGCUUCCUGCUUCGCUUCUGCAAGAACGAAUUUAAACUGAACUCCAGCACUACUCUGGGCGUGGACUUUCAGAUGAAGACACUCAUUGUGGAUGGAGAGCCAGUUUUGUUACAAUUAUGGGACACUGCAGGGCAGGAGAGGUUUCGCAGUAUUGCCAAGUCCUACUUCAGGCGUGCAGAUGGUGUGUUGCUGUUGUACGAUGUCAACUGUGAGAAAACCUUCCUGAAUGUUAGAGAGUGGGUGGACAUGAUUGAGGAUAUGUCCCAUGAUGACAUUCCCAUCAUGCUUGUGGGUAACAAGUGCGAUCUUCGACAAGAGGGAGAUAAAUCUGUUCCUACCAGCUAUGGACAAAAGCUUGCAAUGACGUACAACACUCUGUUCUGUGAAACCAGUGCCAAAGACGGCUCCAACAUCCUGGAGGCUGUGCUGCACCUGGCCAGGUUGGUAAUCAAGCAGGCCACCUUUGAGGAGAAACGCUAUCAGUCGCUGACCAGUUUAAAUGCUCCCAAGAGUAAACCGAAGCUCUCCUGCUGCGCCUGAUCAAAUUCACCUGAUCUGCCUUAACGUGAAGAAUGCAAGGAGCAGACAUCUAACAAAACGGCAAUACAUACAGAAAUAAUCAACAACCAGAACUGUUUUAUUUAUGAACAAAGUGGCAAAAAGAAGCGAGAUAAGAUUCAGCCACUGUACAUCAAGAAGUUUGAGUUAUUGCCAACUUUUUCUCUGUGAAAGAUAAUUUCAUUGGUUUUUGUGCUGUCAUACGUACUUCACAGGAUGUAUUUAUGAAUUGUUUGCCAUUCAAACAUGUUUCUUAGAGAAAAACUGAAUCAUGAUACUAAAACUGGGAAAAUGAGGAGGAGGUUGGAAAGUAAAGAAAGGGAAAGUGAAUAUAAUGAAAUGAUGUGAAAAUAAUGGAAGAGGUUUAUGUGUCGCAUUUUUUUUACUGUUGGGAAAAGAUACAAAGAGUAUUGAUGAUGAAAACAGAGAUGAGAAUUGAGGCAGAUUUAAGCAGUAAAUGUCCAUGAUGGUUCCAGGUGCAAUGUCCUGACCCACUUUUAAAAAAUACCAAGCAGUGUUACACUUUUGUUGUUAUAAAGUUUCUACUUGUUUAUUUCAGCUCCGCAAAUGCUAUUAAGUUCAAGAUGUUCUCUAAAUUAUAAAUAAAUAAACGAGAGUAGAACAGUGUGUAGACUGUUAUUUAGCAAUGCACAAUUUUAAUUCAAUAAAGCAAUUAUUGCGUGCUUUCUGUUUUCUGUGGCAAAAGGGCAACAAAGGUGU